AAUCCCUAUUCAGAAUAAAUACUCCCUGUUCGGGUGUUCUUAUACACGCUUGGGAAUAAAUAACAGGUCGAUCUUGGAGGGAUGGAUGAGCAAGUUAUGAUGGGAGUUCUUCUCUGUUUGCCUCCCAAAGCAAUCUACCGAUUCAGGGUCGUGUCUAAAUCCUGUAACGAACUGAUUUCCCACCCGUUUUUCAUUGAGAGGUACGACGGCAGGCGGCGGCGGCGCGGCGGUCCACGUUUGUUGGCCUUGUUCCAGAAAACUGUGUCUUACACUGAUCCCCGGCGACCUACAUAUCGCACGAACAUACUCUCUGUCGAUCUUCCUCGUAAUCGUAAACGCCGGUCUAUAAAAUUGCAGGAUUGCGAGCUCAUAAAUUCUUCAGGCGGUUUGAUCCUCUUCAGCAGGGGCAGAUGCAGAAGCCAUCCUCGUUACCCCGAAGAGUACUACGUUCUCAACCGUAUAACACAAAAGUUAGUGUCGUUGCCGCCACCGCCGCCGACGGUGUUUUGUUUCACGACCAUUGGUUUGAUGUGCGAAGAGAAUAAACAUGAACUGGCCUCCAAGUACAUAGUCGUCCGUACAGCAAUUGAGAGGUUUAUAAUUGUGUGGAUGGAUACUUACUCAUCCGAAACCGGAGUCUGGUCGGCCAAACGGAUAACCCUCCCAGACGGAUUUAAGGGAGAUCUAAUAUGCACUGAUCCUUCAGUUAUAAACGGUGUUUUCCACUGGGGCCUCCUCCACCGCUUCAAAACACUGGUGCUUUACCGUCCACGUGAAAACAACAAUCUUCAGUUCAUCCAUGUCCCUGUUGGUCUGAAUGAUCUUCCUCCUCUUCUUGAUGGCGAUUCACAUGAAUCUCAUGCGUUUACAAGGUCCAUUGAGGAUGGGGACAUGUUAUGGUUCAGCACCAUGGACUCCCGUGCCACGAUGACCGUUUUCAUGCUCCCGAAGUGUGUAGAAGACGGGGGGAACAACAAUAUACGGCCAACUAUCAUAACCUGUAAUGAGUGGGUGGUGGUAUACCGCAUAAGUGUCGGUUCGCUCUGGAACGAUGUCAUCUUACUGUCACCAAAGGAGAGGAAGGGGGUUGUGAAGGAUCAACGGGGAACGUUAGGGAAAAGAAAAUACUCUUGGAUGCCUUUGUUCCUUCUCAAAAGAAGGAGAAGAAAAAUUCUCUUGCCGUGAUUCUCAGGGUAGAAAGAGGGGGUGCAUAUCUUUAUCAUCUGGACUCCAAAUACAUGGAAUGUAUAGUAUUCGAUAUUCUGGUCGCCUAUUAACCAUGAUUGAGGAAGGAUAUGGCAAAUGUUCUCGAAGACUAUGUCCUUACUUAGAGCCUUCUUCCCUCUCUGCAUACGCUCUUAAUUAGGUUGGUUGUGUGAUUAUUUAAUUCGUUUCAUUAGUUGAUCAACUCUAGUUUUAGAAGUCUAAGAAUUUUGAUCAUACAAAUACAAGCAAUAUUUUUCAAAUUUGAGGUGAAUGAAGAUUCGAGGAGGCAAGCAACCAAGCCCUCUAUGUCCGCCCAAGACCAGUGUGUGCUUUGCCAAAUGCAAGCUGUGAUUACUUCCCCUCAUUCUAUUGCCAAAAGUAUUCCCUUGAUACCAUGAAUUACUGCUUUGAUGAAUUUUAUAUGCCUUCAUAUUAAAGCACCAAUUUUUUUUGUUUAAUAUUUGUGAUGUCACUGAUGUGGAAUGGAUUAAAGUUCUAAACAA